AAGCCGUCCUGACCUGGCGUUUAGUGGCUGUGGCGGCGGAGGGAGUGUCUCCCCAUCCCUCUCGCCGGGGCUCCGUCUCAUCCAGUCUUAGGGAGCGAAGCAACUGGAGGCGGCCAACUUUCUUCUGCUUCAGCAAUUGACCCCACCCCACCCUCCGUCCCCUCCAAGGACCCAGAGUUAGCGAUGAGGGCUGCCUGGGACAAGCUGAAGAUGGGAUUUUCCUCCACGGGGCUUUCCCGGCUCCUGUUCUUGCUAAGCUUUUGCCCGACGGCUUGCCCUUACAAUCUAGAUACUCAGAGCCCCCUGAUCUUCGAAGGGCUCAAUGGGACGUUGUUUGGCUAUUCGGUGCUGCUGCACAGCUUUGGCACCAGCCGGUGGCUUAUAGCGGGAGCCCCUAAAGCCAGCUGGCCCACCAAUAGCUCCGUGGUGAAUCCAGGGGCAAUAUUCAGAUGCCAAAUUGGAAAGAACCCUAAGAGAGAUUGUGAGAUCCUCCAAGUGGGUGAUCCGAAAGGGGAAAGAUGUGGAAAAACCUGUGCUGAAGAAAGAGACAAUCAGUGGUUGGGAGUGAGCCUAGCAAGGCAGCCAGGAGAAAAUGGAUCUGUUGUUGUCUGUGGACAUAGAUGGAAAAAUGUAUUUUAUGUUGGGGAGCACAAACUUCCACAUGGCAUUUGUUAUGAGAUACCUUCCAAUUUUCGAACGCUGUUGAGUCAAAGAAUAUGUCCUUGCUAUAAGGAUUUUUGGAGAAAAUACGGAGAAAAAUAUGGGUCUUGUCAGGCUGGGAUAUCAACAUUUUACACAGAGGAUUUAAUUAUUAUGGGAGCCCCAGGAUCAGAUUAUUGGGCUGGUUCCAUCUUUGUAUACAACAAAACAGCAAACAUAUUUCUUUCAUAUCUGGAUGUGAAUAACCAAGUAAAGUAUGGAAGUUAUUUAGGUUAUUCUGUUGGAGCAGGUCACUUCCUUUCUGCACAUACUUCAGAAGUAAUUGGAGGUGCUCCCCAGCAGGAGCAGACUGGUAAAGUUUACAUUUUUAAAAUUGAACCCAAACAACUAUCAAUUUUAAGUGAAUUAAGGGGUAAAAAGUUUGGUUCUUACUUUGGAGCUACUGUUUGUGCGGUGGAUCUCAAUGGGGAUGGCCUUUCAGACUUACUAGUUGGAGCGCCCAUGCAUAGUAAAGUCAGAGAAGAAGGAAGGGUUUAUGCUUACCUCAACUCAGGUUCCGGAGCAAAGAUGGUGGAGCUGCAGACAGCACUGGCUGGAAGUGAUUUGUAUGCAGCGAGGUUUGGCGAUUCCAUUGCCUGUUUAGGAGACAUUGAUAAUGAUGGCUUCGAAGAUGUAGCCAUUGGGGCUCCACAAGAAAAUGAUUUAGAAGGUUCAGUUUAUAUAUACAAUGGCAGGGAAGAUGGAAUAUCACCAACUUUUUCACAGAGAAUUCAAGGACAUCAAAUCAGCAAUGGUUUACGCAUGUUUGGUCAAUCCAUAUCUGGGAGAAUUGAUGUAGACAGCAAUGGGUAUUCAGAUGUAGCAGUUGGUGCUUUUUUGUCAGAUUCUGCUGUAGUAUUGAGGACAAGGGCUGUAAUUAUUGUGGAAGCAUCAUUAAAACACCCCAACUCUGUAAACCGAACCAUAGUGGACUGUGUGAGAAAUGGACAACCAGCUGUGUGCAUUGAUCUAAUGCUUUGUUUUAACUAUAGUAGCCAAACCAUACCAGGUUACAUAGUAUUGCUUUAUAAUAUAAGCCUGGAUAUUAGUAGAAGGCCAGAUAUUGCAGCAAGGUUUUAUUUUUCCUCUAAUGGAACUUCUGAAACCACCUCUGGAAGUAUCCGGAUUUAUAGCAGCAGCAAUCUUACAUGCAGAACCCACCAGGCGUUCAUGAGGAAAGAUGUAAGGGAUAUCCGGACUCCUAUACAUGUUGAAGCCGCCUAUCACCUUGGGCACCAUGUUUUGAAGAAGAGAAAUACUGAUGAACUCCAACCACUCCAGCCAGUACUUCAGCAACGGAAGGAGGAUAAUAUUGUACACAGCAAGUUUGUCUUUGCAAGAUUUUGUACUCAAGAAAAUUGUUCAGCAAACCUUCAAGUGUCUGGAAAACUUUUAUUUCCAAAGCCUUAUGAAAAGAAAUCUUUCCUUUCAGUGGGAAAUGUAAAAAUGGUGAUGUUGAAUGUCACCUUGUACAAUGCUGGUGAUGAUGCUUAUCAGACUAGCCUUCAUAUCCAGCUGCCUAAAGGUCUCCAUUUCACCAAACUUCUGGCACAGGAAGAAACACAGAUACAUUUUCAAAUAUCAGAAAAGGAAAGUCAUGGAGUGAGAAUUAACUGUAAUGUUGGAUAUUUAUAUGUUGAUCACCUUUCAAAGGUGGAUAUUAGCUUUGUGUUGGAUGCAAGUUCACUCAGCAGAGCAGAAGAUGACUUACACAUCAGCAUUAAUGCAACUUGUGAAAAUGAACUAGACCAUGACCUGCUAUCAGAUAACAGCCUAGUUUUAACUUUGGCUCAGAAACACGAGGUUGAGCUGAACAUUUAUGGGUCUGUGUCUCCAGCAUCAUUUAUUUAUGGACCCAGUGAAGAAAAUUCACCAGUUUCUUGCAUGAAGGAGACAAUCAACUUCACUUUCUAUGUCAGUAAUCCUGGAGUAAGUCUGGCUCCUGAUGUAAAUCUGCUGAUACAGAUACCCAAUUCUUUUGCACCAAGAGAUAUCAAGCUGUUUAAUGUACUGGAUGUCAAGACCACUGAUGGACAAUGCACCUACGAAAAUCAUAGGAGAGACUGUAAUUUACCAGAAAAGAAUGGAAAUAUGCUGCAAGAUCUUAUUACGUUCCUUACAAAACUUGACAAUAGGCCACUGAUUUGUAUGAAGGACGAUCCACUGUGUUGGCAAAUAUUUUGCAAAUUUGGAGACAUGGAGAGUGGCAAGGAAUCAACUGUUCAAGUUCAACUGGAAGCAACACCUUCACUAUUAAACAUAGAUGAAGCUUCAGUGCUUACCUUUGAGGUGAAAGGAGAAGUUGCAGCACAUCAAAAUCCCAGAGUUAUUGAACUCCACAAAAUUAAGCAAACCACUUAUAUCAUUUUGGAGGGACGCCAUAACCAAAAGACAAAACAUAGUGUCGCUGUCCUGCUUAUUGUAAUAGGUUCCCUAUUUGGAAUUAUUUUGCUUUUGUUUCUUGUAUUAUUUUUAUGGAAGGUGGGAUUCUUUAAAAGAAAAUACAAGCAUUUUCCUCAAGAAGAAACUAGAAGUGAAAGUUGGAGUUUUUUAAACAUUCACAAUAAUGCCACAGAGUAGAAAGUUUGGUAAAACUAAAGAACUACCCGCCAGAAGAACUGUCAAAUCUUAAGCCCUCAUUAUCAUAUAUGAAAGAAAGUAUUCAUCAAAAUGGGCUUCCAAAAGCACAAACCAUAGAAAACUCUGAAGGAUGAAGAUAUUCAAGACUUCUAAUGAAAGAAAAGAAAAACUCAAAAUACAAAAACGACAAGGAAACACUAGGAAUUGCUCCUUGCUUUUAAAAAGAAAGUACUGAGAAGGAGCAUUGUACUAAUCAUACUUGAAUUGAGAAUGUAUAACCUCACCGCUCAGGAGACUCCUAUGUAUAGGAGAAUGCUUAAAUUAGAUCAAUUUUAGUCUCCACACAAUUAAUGUAGAACCAUGUUCUCCCCUUUUCAGAGUUAGUGACUGCUGACAAUUUUUAUUCUACUCCCCACCUCCUUGCUCUGGGAAUACUGGGAACCUCCAGGUACAGAAGAGCUGUGCUUAUACGUGGGACCUGUUCAAGGAAAGAAGUGAGGCAACUGCUUUAUGGAAAGGGGAACAGCAUGCUAACUUGGAUCUCCCCUCCAUUAUAUCUGGUCAGACUCACCACCCAGUUUAGAACCCUGGAAAAUUGGCAUUCUCGGUCAGGUAGGGAGUCUAACUCAAGAGAAAAGGCUUCCUGUCGCAGAGAAGGAGGGGUCAUGUAAGUGGAAAUGAAGAAACUAAUCUGGUUUGUAAGCUCCUCCUGUAUGUCUCAAUCUGAAAAACCAAAUGGUAGAAUAGAACUUUUGGCUCAAGGGAUUUUUGGCGUAUGAGGGAUUGUUGUUGUGCAACUUUCAACCAUGUUUUGAGGGUUCUACCUGGGUUGGUUGGAGAAGUCCUCCCAUUGUAUAAAAUCAGGGAAUUGCAGUAACCCGUUCCUCUUAUGCAAUCAUUUUAUUUAUUUUUUUAUUUUGAAGAAGCAAAGAGAAAGAACCUUUACCUAAUUUUUAGAUGCCAGUAUUUUUUUGUACACAUUAUAUAGGUUAAGAAUGUUUAGCAUAAGGUUUAAGGAGAUGGUGAAGUACUGCACUUUAAUCCCAAGGUAAUUAUUAUUUGAACAAAACAGUCUAUGACAUCAGUUGUACCUCAAAAGCAUUAAAGACUGAAAUGUGAUUAAAAAACAAUCUGUUCUAUCACUGUAUAAUCCUACACUGUAAAAGGGAAUGAUCAACAUCGAACUAAUAAAAUAUUAAAUAAAAUGGAACAUGAA